ACGCUGCCAGCGUGACGUAUAAUCUAGUGGACGGUUCUUCAUAAACAGCUCGUCAACCACCUCGGUAGCUUGCUAGCCAACAUAGCCGAAAGAUUCAAGCUAUUUAUUCGCUUUCGGUGUAUAUUACCUACUGUGUUUUCGACACACUUAGGUAGUAUCUACUUGUUAACCUAUUUAAUUUAAUAUUACGUUAUUUUGUAUUAGUCAGCUAUAGUAGCUGGCUGGUUAAGUUAGCACUAGCCUAGUCGCUAAUGAUAGCUAGCUAGCUAUUAUCCCCGACCAUGAGCUCACUAAAUAUCCCCCCUCUCGUUAAAGAAGAGGGGGUCUGCUGGACGGAGAAAGAAGCUCUGGGGCUGAACAUUGUCGUGAAAGAGGAGAAGGAAGAAGAUGAUGUGAUAGUAAAACAAGAAGUAGAGGAUGAGGCUGUUACAGUGAAAGAAGAAGAGAAAGACGCAUUCAGAGUGGAAGAGGAUGUUACAUUGAAAGAAGAGGAAGAGAAAGAGGAGGAGGCAGUUUUUGGAGUGAAGAAGGAGAAAGAGGGAGAGAUAACGGUCAUAUUGACAGAGGAAUCAGGAGAUCUGAUUACCACUAGAGAGAGACCAGACUCUGACAGCGGGAAGAGUUCCUCAGAGGAAACAGACCCAGAGACGCCUAACCAACACCACUGCUCCCACUGUGGAAAGAGUUUUAGGUGGUUAUGGGUCCUGAAAACGCAUGAGAGAAUACAUACAGGAGAAAAGCCGUAUCACUGUUCCCACUGUGGAAGGAGUUUUAGGUUGUCAAGGAUUCUGAAAACGCAUGAGAGAAUACAUACAGGAGAAAAGCCCUACCUCUGUUCUCACUGUGGAAGGAGUUUUAGGUGGUCAAGGUAUCUGAAAAUGCAUGAGAGAAUACAUACAGGAGAAAAGCCGUAUCACUGUUCUCACUGUGGAAAGAGUUUUAGGUUGUCAAGGAGUCUGAAAACGCAUGAGAGAAUACACACAGGAGAAAAGCCGUAUCACUGUUCUCACUGUGGAAAGAGUUUUAGGUUGUCAAGGAGUCUGAAAACGCAUGAGAGAAUACACACAGGAGAAAAGCCGUAUCACUGUUCUCACUGUGGAAAGAGUUUUAGGUUGUCAAGGAGUCUGAAAACGCAUGAGAGAAUACACACAGGAGAAACGCCGUAUCACUGUUCUCACUGUGGAAAGAGUUUUGGGUGGUCAAGGUAUCUGAAAUUGCAUGAGAGAAUACACACAGGAGAAAAGCCGUAUCACUGUUCUCACUGUGGAAAGGGUUUUAGGUUGUCAGGGAGUCUGAAAACGCAUGAGAGAAUACACACAGGAGAAACGCUGUAUCACUGUUCUCACUGUGGAAAGAGUUUUAGGUGGUCACGGAGUCUGAAAACGCAUGAGAGAAUACAUACAGGAGAAAUGCCCUACCACUGUUCCCACUGUGGAAAGAGUUUUAGGUGGUCAGGGAGUCUGAAAACGCAUGAGAGAAUACACACAGGAGAAACGCCGUAUCACUGUUCUCACUGUGGAAAGAGUUUUAGGUGGUCACGGAGUCUGAAAACGCAUGAGAGAAUACAUACAGGAGAAAUGCCCUACCACUGUUCCCACUGUGGAAAGAGUUUUAGGUGGUCAGGGACUCUGAAAAAGCAUGAGAGAACACACACAGGAGAGAAGCCUUUCCAACAUACUAAUACACAGGAGGAGACAACAUACCACUGCUCUCAUUGUGGAAAGACAUUUUCCCAGUCAGAGGACCUGAAAACACAUGAGAGAAUAGAGAGGCUGUGUUCUGACUUAUGUUUCUGACUGAGAAUUUGUCCACGGCCAGGAUUCACAGGACCAGGGUGUCCGCUAUGGACACCUGGAAGAAAUCAGCAGCGGACAUUUCUGAAGGUUUAUCCAACAGACCUGUACAUCCAUGAAUAGAUCUCUAUAAUGUGUAACUAUUUCUGAAGGUUUAUCCAACAGACCUGUACAUCCAUGAAUGGAUCUCUAUAAUGUGUAACUAUUUCUGAAGGUUUAUCCAACAGACCUGUACAUCCAUGAAUGGAUCUCUAUAAUGUGUAACUAUUUCUGAAGGUUUAUCCAACAGACCUGUACAUCCAGGAAUGGAUCUAUAAUGUGUAACUAUUUCUGAAGGUUUAUCCAACAGACCUGUACAUCCAUGAAUGGAUCUCUAUAAUGUGUAACUAUUUCUGAAUGUUUAUCCAACAGACCUGUACAUCCAUGAAUGGAUCUCUAUAAUGUGUAACUAUUUCUGAAGGUUUAUCCAACAGACCUGUACAUCCAUGAAUGGAUCUAUAAUGUGUAACUAUUUCUGCUGUAUUGUGAUGUAUUGUUUAAUAGAUGUACUAUGUUAGGUAUAUUUAUCUGUGGUUUUAUUUCAACAGAUUUUACUGAUGCUAUUAGAUUGUACUAUGUUAGGUAUAUUUAUCUGUGGUUUUAUUUCAACAGAUUUUACUGAUGCUAUUAGAUUGUACUAUGUUAGGUAUAUUUAUCUGUGGUUUUAUUUCAACAGAUUUUACUGAUGCUAUCAGAUUGCUGGGUGGGGGGAGUUUUAUAUAUACAGAGACUUCAGAAAGUAUUCACACCCCUUGACUGGUCCCACAUGUUGUUGUGUUACAUCCUGAAUUUAAAAUGUAUUUUUAUUUCACCUUUAUUUAACCAGGUAGACUAGUUGAGAACAAGUUCUCAUUUGCAAUGACACAUACAACAACACAGAGUUACACAUGGAAUAAACAAACAUACAAUCAAUUAUACAGUAGAAAAAUCUAUAUACAGCAUGUGCAAAUAAGAGAGGUUAGGCAAUAAAUAGACCAUGGUGGCGAAGUAAUUACAAUAUAGCAAUUAAACACUGGAAUGGUAGGGAAUGUGAAUGUGAAUAGCAGAAGAUGAAUGUGCAAGUAGAGAUACUGGGGUUUAAAUGGAUUCAAUACCCCAUAAUGUCAAAGUGGAAUUAUAUUUUUGGAAAUGUUUACAAAUGUAAUUAAAAGCCUAAAUAAGUUCAGGAGUAAAGAUGUUGCUUAACAAGUCACAUAAUAAGUUGCAGGGACUCACUCUGUGUGCAAUAAUAGUGUUUAACAUGAUGUCUGAAUGACUACCUCGUCUCUGUACCCCACACAUCUGUAAUGUCCCUCAGUCGAGCAGUGAAUUUCAAACACAGAUUCAACCACAAAGACCAGGGAGGUUUUCCAACGCCUCACAAAGAAGUGCAUGUAUUGGUAAAUGGGUAAAAAAAAGCAGACAUUGAAUAUCCCUUUGAGCAUGGUGAAGAUAUUAAUUACACUUUAGAUGGUGUAUCAAUAUACCCAGUCACUAAUUCAGUUGCUGGAGAGGAAGGAAACCGCUCAGGGAUUUCACCAUGAGGCCAAUGGUGACUUUAAAAUAGUUAGUGUUUAAUGGUUGUGAUAGGAGAACACUGAGGAUGGAUCAACAACAUUGUAGUUACUCCACAAUACUAACCUAAAUGACAAAGUGAAUAGAAGGAAGCCUGUAUAGAAUACAAAUAUUCCAAAACAUGCAUUCUGUUUGCAAUGAGGCACUAAAGUAAUACUGAAAAACAAUGUGGCAAAGAAAUUAACUUUAUAUCCUGAAUACAAAAGCGUUAUGUUUGGGGCAAAUUCAACACAUCACUGACUACAUAUUUUCAAGCAUGGUGGUGGCUGCAUCAUGUAAUGGGUAUGCUUGUCAUUGGCGUCACUAGAGGCGUAACUACAGUCCCUGAUUCUAAUCUAAUGAUCAUCAGCUGCAUCAUUUUAUGGUUCUAAUCCAGGCAGUAUCACUUCCAGGUUAAGCGAGGAGUGUGUCAAGAUGUGCAGUGCGGCUUGGCAGGGUCGUGUUUCGGAGGACGCAUUGGCUCUCGACCUUCGCCUCUCCCAGUCCGUAGAGGAGUUGCAAUUGGAUUUCAUGACAUUGGUGGAAAAAGAUAUAUAUAAUACACUCGUACUGAAAUUAGAUUUUUAAUCACCUGGGAGAUGUGUCAAACCAUGUAAACACCUGCAAGACUUAAGUUAGAAGUGAAUCACCUGGCAGAUGUGUCAAACCAUGUAAACACCUGCUAGACUUAAGUUAGAAGUGAAUCACCUGCCUGGACAUCCUAAGAAGCACACAGAGACCUGCAUUUUGAAGUCGGUUCAAGCUUCAAGUGAUACCUUGUAACUGGAGAUUCCUUCAAAACGAUUGCCUACAGUUACCGUGUAGGGCACUGCAAGGUUGGGUGACCAGGGUCAUCUGGGACUGCCUCCUGGAGGAAUUCAGGUGUGUGAAGGCUACCUGUGUCCUGCGUAACGUCAUGACGAUGGACACGAGGACCAGGAGGGGAUCUGCAGCUCGCCGCAGUGUCUCAGAGGAGAAGUCUACUGCUCUGCAGGAUGUUUCAAGGAUGGGGUCCAACAACGCAGCAAGAGAGGCAAUCCGUGUGCAGGAGAUCUUCACCUCCUACUUCUUCAAAGAGGGUGCUGUUCCCUGGCAACACCAUAGACUACACUAUGCACAACCAAAGGCUCUUUUAAGAGGUUGCUGUUCCCUGGCAACACCAUAGACUACACUAUGCUCAACCAAAGGCUCUUUUAAGAGGGUGCUGUUCCCUGGCAACACCAUAGACUACACUAUGCUCAACUAAAGGCUCUUUUAAGAGGGUGCUGUUCCCUGGCAACACCAUAGACUACACUAUGCUCAACCAAAGGCUCUUUUAAGAGGGUACUGUUCCCUGGCAACACCAUAGACUACACUAUGCACAACCAAAGGCUCUUUUAAGAGGGUGCUGUUCCCUGGCAACACCAUAGACUACACUAUGCACAACCAAAGGCUCUUUUAAGAGCCAUUCACAUUGCAAUGAGAGUAUUCUUCCAUUUACUUUGCUAUGUCAACUGCAGUUAUUUAAUUCACAGUUUCUCUCCCUUUGAUUUCUACUUCUCAGGUGAGGGUGCUGUUUAGGUAAGGGUGUGAUGUCUGUGCAAAAACAAAACAGGCUAUUUUAAAUCACCCAAAUUGAAAAAAUGUAGAACAAUUAGACACCCUAUAACCCACACCUACACACUCAUGUAUCAAUCUGAUUGAUGGAUUGUGUUGUGCAGUAAACAGGUUCAGGUGUAUAACUGUGGCUCCUUCCACCUUCAAAGAAUAGGCAAGAGGGCCAACCAUGGAGAAUAGUAAGACACUUCAUUAUUUCUAUAACUACGCUAUAUUGUUUGUCUUUGUGGGUCCAUUCAUGUUUUUCAGCAUAAAGUACUCUGCAGCCACUUAGUGUGGUGUGGACACCAGGUGAGGCCACACACAGAUUCCUGUUGAACACUGUGGCUUUAACUACCUUUCUCAAUAACAGUCUCUCUCCUUCACUUCAUCCCUCUCUCCCCUUCUCCCUAAAUCCUCUAGGUUAUAUCAGCUGUGUCGGUGAACCCCUCCUGCAUCUGAACUGGCUACAUAGAGGGCACAGCAUGGUCAGAGAUAUGUUUUGAUGUGAGAGGAUGCCAACCCCUAGUCCCAUCAUCGCCACCUCACCCUCUUUUAAGAUAACCUUUGGGCCAACUAGAGACACUAUUAUGUAAUUGUGAUGAACUGAGAGAAUAUUUAUGUAGCACUGUGAUUCAUUAAUCAUGUGCUGCCUUCCCUGCUCCUAUGUGCUUACCUCUUUCCCUUUCUGUCUUUUACACCUCUCUCUCCACCUCCUCUUUCUUCCUCUGUUUUUAUAAUGCACAACAGAUGUGCAUUGAAGUACAGAUUGAACUUGUAUUUAUAACACUUGGAUAAUGAGCUUUUCAAUAAAGCGUUUCACAUUC